CCCCCCCCACACAAGCAGCCGCAUCUGGUGCAAGGGGACGGGAGGGAAGAACCGGCUCUCCCUGGCAAGGGGAGGAAACGCUCCUGUAAACACUUUCUGGAAGCCACAUCUGCUCAGUGUAUGGAGGGACCCUGCUAUGCAACAGCCUCCUUGACAAAAUUCUCUCAGUCCCCUGGAAUCGGCUGUCUGUCUUUCACCUAACUUUGCGGUCGAAGUCUGAGGCAGAAGACUCUUUUCGCCCACCAUGUUUGCCUGUGAGACUUGGGGCCUAGGUGGCCAGACCUCUGUCUACAACUGGGACAAGUCGGUCUACCUCUUAGAAGACAAAAUGGAGCCCGAGCAGGGAUCGGGGGACCUAGAUCUCCAUUUCAAGGUGUUGCUUGAGCAGGAGAUGUAUCCGGAAAUCACCAUUGAAGAGGAGGAGGAAGGAAGAGGAGAUGAGGAGGAAGUGGUGGUAGAUGCCGACGGAGCAGAAGAUGAUGACGAGGAGGAGGAAAUAGUAGUAGAUCCAGAUGGAGAAGAGGAGGAGGAGGAAGAGGAGGAGGAGGAGGAGGAAGAGGGAGAGGAGGGAGAGGAGAUUGACGAUGAUGACGAUGAGGAGGAGGAACGUCCAUCAGGGCCUGCACGAGAGACGGUGGGAGCAGAAGAAGGAGACGACUCCCUACUUGUGGUUUGCACUGGGACUGUUGAGGAGCUUUUGGGAUUGGAGUCUUCACCCACAGCCGAACCAGAGCAACUUGAGGAGGCCCCACAACCUCAGCGUUGGGAAGUCCAGUGGGAGGAAGUGUCACAGGCCCCACAGCCUCCACCCUCUAACAUUGUGCAACCCCCUCCUCCUCCACCACCACCAGAGGCUCCCCCAGUGGCCGAGGUGGCACCAAUAGACGUAGAAUCGGAGGCCUUCCCUACUGCUGUGGAGCAAGUGGGGAACAACAGCUCCUCCCCAUGGGGAGCAACGUUUGCGGAAGAAGGGGGGCACCAAGAAACCCACACCAGCCCACCUGGGGCAGACAGGGGGAGCGCUGGGAAAACACGGGCCUCUGUGUCGGGAGGGAAUAGCGGCUUCACCCUGGAGACGGCCCGCCGGCAUUUCCGUCAGUUCUGCUACCAGGAGACUGAGGGGCCGCGCAAAGCCUGCGGACAGCUAUGGGAGCUUUGUAAUCACUGGCUAAAGCCGAAGAACCGGACCAAGGAGCAGAUUCUGGAUGUGCUGAUUCUGGAGCAGUUCCUGGCCGUCCUCCCACCUGGGAUUCGGAGCCGGGUAUGGGAAUGCAGCCCGGAGACAUGCGCGCGGGCGGUGGCCCUGGCGGAGGAGUUCCUGGCCAAGCAGCAAGAGGUGGAGAGACCAGAGGAGGAGGUGAGAGGUUACCUAUUUGAGGAGGUUGUGGUGAAUUUCCCCGAUGAAGACCAGGCCAUUUCAGAUGCUGAACAAGGAGACAUGAGCAUGGACGCUGAGCAGAGGGGUGAUGUGGACAUCUGUUUGCUGGGUUCUUCUGACACAGAGGCAACGUGGGAUUCUUCUGCAGAUGAAGGAGGCUCAGCAGGUGCCAGGACCCCCAGCAGAGCGGAUCCCCAGUUUGAAUUCGGAGAAAGACUCAACGGAGUGAUGCAGCACUUGGUCCCAAAGAGGAUCCGUGUGAGAGAGAAACGCCACCCCUGCAUAGAAUGUGGGAAACGGUUCCGGUGCCAGUCCGAGCUGGCCCUACACCAGAAAGUCCAUACUAGGCCGAAAUCCUAUCACUGCGCCGAGUGCGGGAAGCAAUUUGGCCGAUCCUCUCAUCUCACUCGGCACCAGAAAACCCACAUGGGCGAGGAGUGCCACCUUUGUACAGAAUGCGGCAAGCGGUUCCGGUGGUCGACAGAGCUCGCCAUCCACCAGAGAAUCCACACAGGCGAGCAGCCACACUUUGCCCUGGAUUCCGAGACGUUGUUCCAGUGGCCGUCGGAGUUCACGAUGCAAUUCACGGGCGAGAAAACACCUCCAGCUGUCGACUUUGCAAAGCCCCACACGGUCAAGAAGCCCCACCUCUGCCCAGAGUGUGGGAAAGGGUUCCGGUGGCCCUCUGAGCUCGCCACACACCAGAAGACCCACAACAAAAACAAACACUACCUCUGUGCGGAAUGCGGCAAAGGAUUCCAGUGGCCGUCUGAGCUCGCCGCACACCAGAGAACCCACACGGGCGAGAACACGCCACUCACUACAGAUUGCGGGAACGGCAACAUCCGGCCGCCUCAUCUCAUGACAUAUCUGGGUGCCAACACAGCUGAGAAACGGCACCUCUGUGGAGAGUGCGGCAAGGCCUUCCGGUGGCCGUCUGAACUCGCCACGCACCAGAGAAUCCACACAGGGGAAAAGCGUUACUUCUGCACCGAGUGCGGGAAAGGGUUCAUAUGGCCCUCGGAGCUUGCUGCCCAUCAGCGAACCCACACCGAAAAGCAAGCCUACCAGUGCAUGGAGUGUGGGAAAAUCUUCCACGACCUCUACGGGCUCACGAGACACCAGAAGACCCACCUAGGGAGUAAGGUCUACCCCUGCGCCGAGUGCGGGAAGACGUUCAGCCGGCAGUCUCACCUGACACGGCACCGGAUCACCCACACCGGGGAGAGACCCUACCCUUGCAUCGAGUGCGGGAAAAGGUUUGGCCGGCAAUCUCACCUCACUCGGCACCUGCGGAUCCAUACCGGAGAGAGACCGUAUCAGUGUGGUGAGUGCGGGGUGAGGUUCAGGAGGAGACACAGCAUGAUCUACCACCAGAGGAUCCACUUGAGAGAGUCCACCGCAGGACCGGACAUGCCAAGCCUGCCCGAUUUGGAAAGCCUUGCCGACCAUCUCCAGAGCCCCAUCCAUGUCACAAUCUGAAACCUGGAGUGGGUGGGGAGGGGAAAGGAACAUUGGAUGGGAGAGUGGGACUUGGCAGAGACCCUCCCGUGCCCUUCGCCCUACAGAGCAGGCCCAAGGAAAGUUGCCAACCUGUGCGCCAUGUGCUCCGGGAGGCAUGUGCCUCAGGAUCCCUUGCAGCUUAGCACAGGACGCUGGCGUGUGGCUGUGGAGUCGUGCGCAGUUUUGCAAAGGAUUCUGGGGGCCUUCUCUGAUCACAGGCUGCUUUGAUGUUGCCCAGAAAACAUGGCCGCCCCAAGCAACCUUUUGGUUUGCUUGUGCAGCCAGUUUAAGCCCCACUGCCCUGACUCUAGACUCUCUCCCCACCCCCAUGUAGGGCUUAUAGGGUGAGAGAAGGGGUGUCUCCCCUGCUACCCUCAGCAGUUAGAACAGUGUCUGUUCCCUGGAACAUGUGAAGAUGAGAAGGGGCCCAGAAGCCGCUCUUCCUGACUCUCAAACUAAUACUGUUCUCCCGUGUUGUUUUUUUGCUCUGUCGCAGAGUUGAGUUGAGUCGGCGGAUCCACGAUGACAAGAGGACUGUGGAGUCCGUCUUCCCAGCAUCCCAUUCUGUGGGCCCACGGGGUGGAAGGGUUCCACACGGCGCAGGGCGCCUUUGCUCCUAAAUUGUUCCUAUAUAGAAGGGAGAACUCAGACAAGUGCCGCUUCUUCCCAUGGUAGCACUGCAGCAACGGGGAAGGCUGCACCUUCCCUGGGUUGCUUGUUUCCCUCCCCUCCUUCUCCCUCUUCUGUGCAAGAGGCUGGUUCUGGAUGAAAUCUGGCAACCUAUUUCUUCUGUAGCAAAUUCCCCUCCUUUCUUCCCUCUCCCGUGAAAAAUUGCAAUCGAUGAAUCUAAUUUUUAAAAGAGCACACAAAGUACAAGUUCUCCAUCUCCAGAGGUACUUACACACACACACACACACACACACACACACACACACACACACACACACCCCACCCUGAGCACUUUGUGAUGGACAUUUCUCUUUUCUCCUUCCUGUUUUUCUCCGGAAAUAAAAGGGGCGGCCUUUCCUUCCAGGAGGGCUGAGCCAGUUACAGCCAUCUGACCUUUUUAAAUAAGGUGGCUCUUGGGGGUCUGAACCGAAAAUUCAGAGUGCACCCACCCACAUUGGACGAGAGGGAUGGGUUUGGGUGUGCGUAUGGAAUAAAGGUGCCUUUUUGAUCCUCCGUUUUCCUGAAAAAGUUAACAGUUCAGCCCUAUCAUGUUUACUCGGAAGGAAGUCCCAUUGUGUUUAAUGGGGCUUCCUCCUUGGUCCGUGCGUUUAGGGCUGCAGUGUAAGAAAACAGACUAUAGCUCUUCUAAUACAAGCAGCAGAAAUGGCAUGCUGACAAAUUUGAAUGGGGUACGAUGGCUUCGCAUCAACUGGGCUUCACCUUGUAGAUAAAACCCCAGGAGGGUUAGAAUUUAGGGGAAGAACGGCACUUAGAGACACCCCUCAUUCUAAGAUUCAAUUAUUAUUAAUUAUUAUUGUUAUUAUUAUUAUUGUUUCUCUCCAUUGACCCUUGGUGAUGGGGAGAGGAAAGUGUUUUGCUUUUGCUUUCCUUGAGGGACUUCUAUCUGCAUUUCUUCUUUUUCUCCCUCUUCCCUCCCCCUUUUUUUUGUGGAUCCACGUUUGAGACUAUUGGAACCUCCUAAAGAAACAAAAAUGAACUCAUUUUUGGAAAUAACUUAAAAAAAAUAAAGAGCUUUCUACAAACGCUUACUUUUGUACAAUUUGCUGUCUCAUGGA